AAAAAAAAAGCAAAAACAAAAGACAAGAAAAAUAAAAUAAUCAAGCUGCCCACAAGGAAAAACAUUUAAUUGGAUUUCAGUUUCGCCUUGGCUUUUCGGAUACAAUUAACCGUUUGGCGCUGAGCGCGCACAACUCAAGUGAAAAUCCAGCUGGCAAUAACUCAAGAAACGGUACGAAAAAAAUCUCGAAAUACACGAAAUGAGCUUCGAUUUGGACACAAAGUUGAUUUGCGCCGACCUGGAGAGCAGCGAUCAUCGCAAGCGUGGCGCCACGCUAUUAAAACUGCGAGAGCUAUGCGAGCAGGCGCCAAAAACCGUUAGCACCGACGCUGUGGCAGCUGAUUUUGAUGAACUGUAUCUGCAUCUGCUCAAAUGCUACGGAGAUCGGUUUGAAAGCGUGCGAGAUCGCGCCGUUUUGGCCGUAACCGCAUUUCUGGAGCGUCUGCCGCCCCUGGACUUUCACCUGCUGAACGUGGUGUCGACGCUGGCCGAGCGCAUGGGUCAGACGGAGACGGUGGAGCCCAGCGAGGAGAUACGUUUGCUCUACAUUGAGCAGCUGCAUCUUAUGCUGCGCAAAUAUGCGCUCAUGGGCAAUGUGGGCGUCUUUCGUGAGUGCUAUCCACAGGUGGUCAAGGUGUUGAUUAAGUCUAUUAAGGAUGCGUAUGCGGCUGUGCAGCGGGAAGGCUGUGCCACCCUGGUGCAGUUGGCUCGCGUGGCCGACACCACGGAAAUACGUCCAUACACAGAGUCGCUAGCUGUGGCCCUAUACGGAAUGCUGAAUCACAGACAUUCGGCGGCCCGCAUUUCGGCUGUAGAGGCCAUCGGUCGGGUGAGUCUACACUUGGACGCCAGCGGGGAGGGCAUGCGCAGGCUGCUUGCAGAGGUCUCUCCGCUGCUGAUGGACUCGAUGCCGUUGGUGCGUCGUGAAUGUGGUCAAAUGGGCGUUUUGAUGCUGCUUGAGCUUCCGGAUCGCUACUCUUAUUUUGAGCGUAUUCUACCGCUGGUGCUAUGCUGCCUUAAGGACGACUCGCCAGAAGUCUUGUCGCACAUACGCCCGCUCUGGGAGCAGUGUGGUAGGCAGUACUACGAUGAGAAUGAGGCGGAGCUUUCACAACAGGAGAUAUGUGAUCUGCCCGUGGAGAACUAUCCGGCUGGUGUGCAACGUCCAACAAUUGGCUGUCGGGGCUUGGUACAGCGGUCACUGCGUCUGCUGCAGCUCAUCACGCGUGAGACCAGCGACUGGAAGGACAACGUGCGCCUGCACUCGCUGAAGCUGCUUUAUCAGUUCAUCCUGCACGCCGAGUCGGCAAUGACUGCCAAGUUCUUUGAGAUCUAUCCGGAUGUCUCGCACGCCUGCUGCGACAGUGAGCCCGAUGUCGCAGCAGAAGCUAAAAAGGUGGCAGAUCUGAUGGGACGCCUGCUGUGCUACGCUGCAUGGAUCAAUCAUGGCUUCGAUGGUCUGGAACGAAAUGCUCGUGAAUCUUUUCUCAAAUGUUUCUACUACAUGUUUACUGCGUCCUUGGGCGGUACCUAUGAGCAUUUGCAGCGUCUAUGCAAGCUAUUGAAAUGUUCGGAUUACUCCCAUACUCUAAAGCCGGGUUUUCAAUUGUACAUACUUAAAACGCUGGAGACCGUGUUGGACAAGUCCACUAAAGUUAUGGCCUCAAUGGAGGAGCUAAAGGAACUGUAUGAGCAUGUUUACGUUACAGCAAUGAAAGUAAUGGCAUUGUCCUACUCCCUUUACAACGAGGACACCGAGGACGUCAAGCGGGGUCAAGUGAUUUUAAAACGUCUUGUGCAGCUGGAGGAGACCACACUGGCUGAGCUGCACGAACGUUGGUUCGCUCUUGUACUCCUUGAUGUGGAGAAUUUAGACGCUGCGCUGGACGACAAUGCAGAACCUGUCCUGCUGCUGUACGGCCUCAUCCAUCUGGCCCAAAUCCGUUCCACCUAUCUGCCGCAGCUCAUCGAGAAGAUAAAAAUCGUUUUUGAACAUUGCUGCGACACGGCCCAGGUGCGCAUCUUCAGCAUCCUCUCGAUAGCAGCACUGUCCUGGUCAGCAACAGUUCGCGUGGAACGGGAGCAGAGUUCACAGCUGUUGAGCAACUUUGCCAGUGAAAUUGUGGAGCCCCAUUUAAUCUGGAAAGCUGGCGCCCACGGCGAGGCCAUGCGCUCCAUGGCCAUGGCCACGUUGUGUGCCUUGGCACAGGGCGCUAAGGACGAGGCGCGCGAGGUGCUGCCCGCAUUAGCCAAACACAUGCCGAGCCUUCUAGAGGAUCGCAAUGUGACCACGCGUCAUUAUGCCAUUAAAGCCAUGUGCUACUUCCAGGGAAUGUCGGUGGAGGCGCUCAAGCCGCUGGCCUAUGCAACCAUGCAGCGCAUGGAUGAUCCUUCGGCGGGCAUUCGCAUUAUAGCUGCGACAGCGGUAGGCAAGCUACGUCCUGUAUUCAAGACCGAAGGAGAGAAAGAGGAGCUGGAACACGAGCGCGAGCUGUGGGAAGCGUUUGUCAUGCGUGCCAUGGACAUUUUGCUGCUGUACCAUGAGAGUCCCGAGAAGGAUAUGCAAGCUGCUGCACAAAAAUCGCUUAUCGAGCUGGCCAAAUUACACCCUACAUCCUGGGAGGAUCGUUAUCAACGAGCAUUAGGCUUGGCACGACGCAAGGACGAGCUGGUCGAUCUCUACGCCAAGAUGAAAAUCGAGGAUGAGGCGAAGAAGGAAGCCGACUAAAGACACCCAUUUCUAUUUUUGGCUAAUUUAAAUUAGUUUUUAGUGUUUUGCUAAUAUUCUCUAGAAUUCAGAUUUUCGGCCUGUUAUUUCGUUCCCAUUUGCCCGUUUACGUUAAUUGCCUGAUCUGUCGAAUUCUGAGUAGCAAAUUAUUGUAAACACACUCGCAAAAUGUGCACUUGCGACUGAUGGAAUUGCAUUAAAGCAUUUACAAAUUACAAAA